GACGUAUUUCCGGGGUGGUGGUGGUGGGGUGUAAAAUGGCGGCGCCCAUGGAGGUGGCAGUGUGUACGGAUUCGACGGCACAACUCUGGACCUGCGUAGUGUGGGAACUGCAUUCGGGCGCUAACUUGCUCACCUACCGCGGGGGCCAGGCUGGGCCCCGCGGCCUGGCGCUGCUGAAUGGCGAGUACCUGCUGGCGGCGCAGCUGGGCAAGAACUACAUCAGUGUCUGGGAGCUGCAGCGGAAGGACCAGCUCCAGCAAAAGAUCAUGUGCCCUGGGCCUGUCACCUGUGUCACGACGGCACCCAACGGCCUCUACGUGCUGGCGGGAAUCGCGGAAAACAUAUACCUGUGGGAGGUCUGCACUGGGAACCUCCUGGUCAUCCUGAGCCGCCACUACCAGGAUGUCUCCUGCCUCAAGUUCACGGGCGACAGCAGCCACUUCAUCUCAGGGAGCAAGGACUGCCUGGUGCUGGCCUGGAGCCUCUGCAGUGUGCUGCAGGUGGACCCCUCCAGGAUCCCGGCCCCCCGGCAUGUGUGGUCCCACCACACGCUCCCUGUCACUGACGUGCACUGUGGCUUCGGGGGUCCUCUGGCCCGGGUGGCCACGUCCUCACUGGACCAGACAGUGAAGCUGUGGGAGAUCUCCUCGGGCGAGCUGCUGCUGUCCGUCCUGUUUGACGUGGCUGUCAUGGCUGUGACCAUGGACCUGGCCGAACACCACAUGUUCUGUGGGGGCAGCGACGGCUCCAUCUUCCAGGUCAACCUCUGUGCCCGGCCUGCGCAGAGGGAGCAGAGCUUCCAGCCCGAGCAGGAGCCCGGCAAGGUCUUCAGAGGCCACAGGAACCAGGUGACCUGCCUGUCGGUGUCCACGGACGGCAGCGUGCUGCUGUCCGGCUCCCACGACGAGACCGUGCGCCUGUGGGACGUGCAGAGCAAGCAGUGCGUCCGGACGGUCACCCUCAAAGGCCCCGUGACGAACGCAGCCAUCGUGCUGGCGCCAGUCAGCAUGCUGAGCUCCGACGCCAGGCCCAGCCUGCCGCUGCCCCGCUUCAACAAGCACCUGUUGGGGGCCGAGCACGGGGACGAGCCCCGCCGCGGGGGCCUCACGCUGCGCCUGGGCCUCCACCAGCAGGGCUCAGAGCCCAGCUACCUGGGGCGGCUGGAGCAGAUGCAGGCCGUGAUGUGCAGCACCCUCGAGAAGGGUGGCCAGGACCAGCUGCGGGUGCGCGUGAGCGAGCUGGAGGACGAGGUGCGCAACCUGCGCAAGAUCAACCGAGACCUCUUCGACUUCUCCACGCACAUAAUCACCAGGCCGGGGAAGUGAGGCUCGGCCCCGCCCCCGGGUCACGGCCUCCCCAGGGCGGAGUCUGGUCUGGAGCAGGCCUGAGCGAGCCUGCGAGCCUCUCCAGCUGGUGGGCUGCAGGACUUCCCAGGUUUGCCAGUUAGGUUUGCCAGUUUUGUGUUUGUAGACUACGGCUUAUGUCUGGGCUGUUGUGGCCCAGUGGUGUGUGUUCAUCUGUCCACUCGGUGCUCUUCUGUUUUUUAACAAAAGAUGAUCUGGAAAGGCUGCCUCAUUCCUGCAGGUUCGGGGGGACCCCAUCCAAAGUCACCCCACAGGGCAGGUGCUGAGCGUGUGGCCUGGGGCCCUGGGACCCGCACUGGAGGGAGGAGGGACAGCGGGUGUCCUGAGGCACUGUCUGAGGGUCCUGGCCCGGUGCAGGCAGCGAGGGGGCUGGCAGUGGUGAGGGGGAUGCUGUCAGAUCUGGGGACACCGGGGAGUCAGCCGUGGGGGCCCUGACCCUCCUGCGGGAGCCAGGCCACUGUGCACCUGAGUGCCCAGGUCCCCGCACUGAUCUCCGGGGAAGUGUGGGGUCACCCAGAGGGCACCGGGGGCAGGAGUGACAGCCAAGGCCCUGUCCUCUCCCAGAGGGUCCCGCCCAACCUGGACGCUGGGGUGUCCCCCAGGCCAAGUCCCUGUGAGGGGUGGACGUACCCUCCAGCCGCCUGGCCUGGGCGCACCUCUUGGCAUCAGAGGCCUAAGGGAGACUGGGUCCCCACUGUCCUGGGGACGCCGCCAGCCAGAACUGGACUGCAGGCCAGACACCCUCAGAACCUUCCGGAACACCUCCUUGGCUGCCAGCCCGGGUUAAUGGCCCGGGAGCGCCGAGUGACUUAGUGGUGCUGUCAUCCGUGCGGCGGGAGCAGAGCCAGCGCUGAGUUCAUACUUUCGGGCAGUGGCGCUUCCAUCUCGGCCUGUCCCCUCUCUGGGCUGUGUGCACCCCGCGGCCCCCACGGCCCCCGAGCCUGGCGCAGAGUGAGGGUCCUGGUGGGGUUCUCGUCGAGCCCCUGGUACAUGAGUGCCCAAGGUGGAGGCCUCAGGUGUCUCCCAAAGCACUGCCUCAGUUUCCCUGCCUGUGGGGUGAGCUCAGUUCCCAUCCCAAAGCUGCAGAAAACAGGUGUCAGGCGGGGUCCCUCAGCUCCCCCAGGCACUGGCCCGGAGCCUGCGGGUUCUUUGGGAGGGAGGCAGCAGCAACCCCCCAGGGCCCAGGUCCCUCCCUGCCCCUCAGGGGCUCCCACAACCAGAGGCACCAGCCAGCAGUCAGGCUGAAGUCCCUCUCCGCACGUCCUGUCCUACUCCUGCCCUGGUGGCAGCAGGCAGCCAGCCAGCCCAGGAGGACACCAGACAGCAGGAGCACGCGGGGACAUGGGCAUCGGCAUGCAGACAGCUCCACCGGACCACGCUGCCCGCCGCGGUCACAGCUCGGAGAGGCCGGGAGAGGAGGGCUCCGAGCAGCGGGAGGCUGGCUGAGCCCCUCAUCCGCAGCCAGGCUGGGGCAGGGCUCCGGGACUCAGGGUCCUUAGAACGGCAGGGGUGGCCCUUGGCCUGCAGGGGAUUUGGGGGUUUGUCCAGGUCCUUGGCCACACCCUCUCCCCGCCUCAGCCUCCAUCCUGGUCUUCAUGAGACCAGGACCCUCCUUGCCCAGAGCAAUGAGAAAUGACAGCUGUUCAAAGCUGGGCUGAGGCCAGGGCUGGUCCUAUGAACUACAUAGGAAGAUCCUGUCUCAGAAAGGAAAAAGAAAUGACCGUUUCUGGAUUUACCCUACCUCGUAGUUAUAGGAUGAAAACCAAGGGACAGUGAGUUUGUCUCUGAGCCCCUGGCAAGGCUGACAACGUCCAGGACGGCCAGUAUCCCCAGGACACCAGUCCUUAUGGCUGUCAUCUAAAAAGUGGAAAAUUACAAGUGCUGCCAAGGAUGUGGAGAGAUCAGAAUCCUCAGAUACUGCUGAGGGAACUUGAAGUGGGGUCACCAGUGCAGAAAAGGCUCCUGUGGCUCCCCAAACUGAACACAGCUGGACCUGGGGGCUCAUACCUGUCAUCCCAGUGCACUGGGAGGCUGAGGCAGGAAGAUUGCAAUUUGGGUACUGCCUGGGCAACUUGGCCAUUUAGCAAGAACCUGUCUCAAAAAAUGUAAUUUUUUUAAAAAAAGUCUGGGUCCUGGUUUUGGUUAAACCUGAGCACCACAAAUAAAGGCAAAGUCUGUUC